UGUUCGUUUUCUUUUAUAGGUGUUUGUCUGCUGAGAAAGACGAGAGAGAGAGAUUUUCAGUUCGUUCAAUCACACUGAUUGAGAGCUCUUUGUUUAAUUAUCCAUAUCUUCAUCGUCUUCUACCUUAUAUAUUUACCCACAAACUAUAAAACCCAUAGAAAGAAACAGUAUAGGAAAAAGAGGAUGAAACCCAUGUCCGAAAACCCUAUAGCCAAUUGCUUUGAUUUGAUGGAUCUAUAGAUCUAACGCUUUCAUAUCCACAUGUAUUGCUUUGUUUCAUUUAGAUCUCCAUCAUUUUCAUCUGGUAUUAUUCAGUAGCUGACCUCAACUGAUCAAAAACCUAAUUAGACUUAUAUUCUUGAUUGUGCCAGGGUAGGAGGCUGGUGAAGUAUUUUGUUGGAGUGGUUUUCUACAUCCAUUUUGGAUGUGGAGGAAUUGAAGGCUGGCCCGGGUGAAAUGAGGGAUGUUAUCAAGGUUGAUGAACUUUCUGAGGGCCUGCUGGCUGCCGUCCUCGGACCGAUAUGUCCACUCGGGUUCGGAUGCAGUGGGCCGGCAAGAUGGAUUACUCUGGUACAAGGACACCGGGCAGCACUUGAAUGGUGAAUUUUCAAUGGCUGUUGUUCAGGCCAACAAUUUGCUUGAGGAUCAGAGCCAGAUUGAAUCAGGUCCAUUGAGCUCGCUUGAGUCUGGCCCAUAUGGCACUUUUGUUGGAGUAUAUGAUGGUCACGGUGGUCCUGAGACCUCACGUUACAUUAAUGAUCACCUAUUCCAGCAUCUCAAGAGGUUUGCUUCCGAGCAACAGUCCAUGUCAGUUGAUGUGAUUAGGAAAGCAUACCAAGCCACAGAAGAAGGGUUUCUGUCCCUUGUUACAAAACAGUGGCCCAUGAAGCCCCAAAUUGCUGCCGUUGGAUCUUGCUGCCUGGUUGGUGUGAUAUGUGGUGGUACCCUUUACAUUGCCAACCUUGGUGAUUCCCGUGCUGUGCUGGGUAGAGCUGUGAAGGCAACUGGGGAGGUUCUUGCCAUCCAGUUGUCAUCAGAGCACAAUGUUGGCAUAGAAUCUGUAAGACGGGAGAUGUUUUCUUUGCACCCAGAUGACUCACAUAUUGUUGUUUUAAAGCAUAAUGUAUGGCGUGUCAAGGGCUUGAUACAGAUUUCUAGAUCUAUUGGUGAUGUAUAUCUAAAAAAGGCCGAAUUCAACAGAGAGCCUUUGUAUGCUAGGUUUCGUCUUCGUGAACCUUUUAAGAGGCCUAUUUUGAGCUCUGAACCAUCAAUAUCUGCACAUGAAAUUCAACCUCAUGAUCAAUUUCUUAUAUUUGCCUCGGAUGGGCUGUGGGAGCACCUCAGUAACCAGGAUGCAGUUGAUAUAGUUCAAAACCAUCCACGCAGCGGGAGUGCUCGGAGGCUAGUGAAAGCUGCCUUACAGGAAGCAGCCAAGAAAAGAGAAAUGAGGUACUCGGAUUUAAAGAAAAUAGACCGAGGUGUCCGCCGGCAUUUCCACGACGACAUUACAGUUAUAGUCGUAUUUCUGGACUCAAAUCUUGUGAGCAGAGCCAGUUCAGUGAAAGGCCCUACUUUGUCUCUGAGAGGUGGUGGUUUUAAUCUUCCUGCAAAAACUCUUGCCCCCUGUACUACAACACCCAUGGAAGUGAAUACUUGAUGAUGAAGCCCCGGGGGCAUAGUGCUGUUGUACUUAGUAUUUCCUUCUUUAAAACUUCAGUGGCCUCAAAUAGCUUGUACAUCCAAAGAGUUAUAAAAGAGAAGAUGCAGCAAAUUGAUUUUUAACUGUACAAUGUAACCGGGGCCUGCUCAACUUUGUUUGGUGGUGUUGGGCCUUUUAAAAUGAUAGUGUUUUUAUAUCAAUAAUAUUUAAUUAUUUUAUGUCAGCAAUAAA